GCCUCAGAUUCUCCCCUCGGUCAGCAGUCUCUCCCGCAUCCUGCAAUGACUGCUGUUCGUUGUCGUCCUUAGUCCUCAGUCUGUCAGGACUUCGACCUGUUUACGUGUCCCUUCGAGAUGCCCGACAAAAGGCCAUUGGAUCCGCUCCAGCCGGUUCUCUAUAUAGACCACUGCCGUUAUCGCCAGACCUACCGGAAACGGGCUCUGCACCUCCAUUCUUCGCUGGCGGAGGCUUUGAGGGCCAUCCAGCCAAGGGUUAAGCUCCAGCUAAGGAUCAACGACAGAGGUCCCCCGCAAGAUGGAUCCUUUGAGGUGGCAAUUGCUCCGCACCCAACCGACGAUACUAAGGCCCGCCAGGGUGUGUGGACUGGAUUGAGGAGAAUGCCCAGUGCAUCGAAGGUUCCCCAUGUGGACGAUAUAAUUACCCCGGUUUGUUUCGCCCUUAAACUCAGGGAUCCCCACAGGGAAUCGCAUCGACGGAUGCUGACCAAUUUGCGACACAACGAGGGCAGUCGAGCGAGGAGGAGAGAAUUCAUGUAAAUCUUAGAAAAUAAUUAGUUCAUGUUAUUUUUUAUAAAUAUAGAGUGUUUAAAGGAAUAUAUCUAUAGAUCUAUA